AUGAUCAAUAAAGCACAGCACGGUUUUCUCCAUGGACGAUCAUGUGUGACACAACUUCUGUCCACUCUACAUCAUAUUGGACAAUUACUAGACAGAAAUAUCCAGACAGACGUUCUUUUUCUAGAUUUUGCUAAGGCCUUCGAUUCUGUUGAUCAUGGUAUCCUAUUGAAGAAACUGAAGGCUUAUGGUAUAUCAGGCAACCUUUACAAUUGGUUCACUGACUAUUUACGUGGACGUACUCAGCGUGUUGUUGUCGAAGGUGUUGCUUCAGAAUGGUCUCCAGUCACCUCAGGUGUCCCACAGGGGAGUAUCUUAGGCCCCAUGCUUUUCCUUCUAUUCAUCAAUUAUCUCCCUGAUGUAAUACCUCCAACAACUUCAACAGGGCUGUAUGCUGACGACACAAAGCUGUAUACGGCAAUAACAUCUCGCCAGGAUUGCGAUAAUCUACAAGAAGCUUUGUCAUAUGUUGACGAUUGGA